AUGGGGAAGAAGAAGAGAAAGGACGCGAAGCCGUGGUGCUUCUACUGCGAUCGCGAGUUCGACGACGAGAAGAUUCUGAUUCAGCAUCAGAAGGCGAAGCAUUUUAAGUGCCACGUGUGCCACAAGAAGCUCAGCACGGCUGGCGGAAUGGUGGUGCACGUGCUCCAAGUUCACAAGGAGAAUCUUACCAAAGUUCCUAAUGCCCGUCCGGGGAGGGAGUCGGUGGAGAUCGAGAUUUUUGGCAUGGAGGGAAUCCCGCCGGAGGCGAUUGCUGCGCACAACGCCGAACAAGAGGAGCGAGCAGCGAAGAUGCAGCGAACGUCGGAGCAGGACGACGAUGAUGAUGAUGAUGGAGGGCCGCCGCCCCAGCCGGCCUAUGGCGCUGCUCCCGCCGGUAUGGCCCCACAACCGCUCUACGCUGCACCCAUGCAAGCAUACCCUAACCCCUACGCGCAACCCAUGCCGCCACCGCAGAUGCUACCCCAGUGGGCCCCGCAAGGCCCAGGAUACCCCCCCAUGCCCGCAUGGCUUCCCCCUCCCGCGCACUCCCCUUCCCCCGGAUACUUCCCGCCUGGUCACCCAGCCUCUUCUUACCCCCCGCCUCCGCGCCCGCCUCCUCAACCGCUCUUUCCGAUCCAAGGCGGGGUUCGCCCCCCUCCGCCGCACUCCAUGAGCACUCCGCCGACGGCAUAUCCCCCCGCUCCUUCCGCCACCGCUCCCGCCGGCGCACCUGGCAUGGCAGGCGUUGCGCCUCCGUCCGCGAGUCCGGUGUUCCCCAUAGCUUCCGCUGGUCCGCCGCCGUCUUCCGCCGCAUCAGCGCCUGCCGCGCCUCCCCCGGCCCAUUCCCCUGCGGGCUCUGGACCGUCCGCGCAGCACUACCCCCCCGGCCCUGGCGCAGGGCCUUCCCCGUAUCCCCCGCAAGGGGCCGUUUUCCCCAUUCCGCGGCCAGGGUACCCUGGCGCACCGCCGGGCGCGUCGGCUCCGUCUCCCGCUGGGGGCCCUGCGCCACACGCGGGCGCGCCCGGACCAGGACAACCCAUGCCGGGGGGAAGCUACGGCGCUCCUGCGGCGCUCGUGCCAGCCCCUGCGCCUGCCGCCACCAGUGCGCCUGUGGAGGUGUAUCUGGUGUGGGACGACGACCAGAUGUCCAUGGUACGCCCUGCCCUGCCGCUUGCCUCCCACCCCCAACAGUUUGUGCUGUCGGUUUUCAAAGCACCUACUGUUUCCUCCGCAACCUGA